AUGUCCCCAAGUCGCAUCCCAGAGACGGGCAGCAGAACAGCCCUAGACCCCCAAAUCCAAGCAUUCCUCACCCAAAACUCGUCCCUCCAACUAGGAGGCACCAACUUCUUAGCCGAGCGCAAGCACCACACUCAAGUCUUCGCCUUCCACAACCACCCACAAAUCCUGCAAGCCGCAAUUGACCAAGUCGAAUUCACGGCCAUCCGCGGCCCGCACGGAACGAUCCCAAUUCGAGUCUUUUAUCCCAAAAGCGGCGAGAAGCGGAAACAGGCCCGGGAUGCUGCAGCAUUAAUCUACUUUCAUGGUGGAGGCUACACAGUCGGGACGGUGGACGAGUUUGAGAAUGGCCUUCGGAUACUGGCAGAGGAGAGUGGCGCGCAGGUCUACGCGGUCGAGUACCGACUAGCACCCGAAUGGCAAUUUCCGACACAGUUAGAUGAAUAUCAAGAGGUACUGGAAUGGGUCCAGGGUAAAGGUGGCGCCGAACGAGGUGUCAAUCCCCAACGCGUCUGCGGCGGAGGCGACAGCGCCGGAGGAAACAUGACCGCCGCGCUCACCUUGCGUGUUAAAGAUGGGAAGGGCGGAAAAGCGCAACCCAUGCGCGCACAGAUCUUACUAUACCCUGAAGCGCGAAUCCCAUUUGAUACCCCAGCUGCAGCGGAAAAUAACUCGGGGAUCUACCUGGAAUGCAAUGGCAUCUUCUCGUUCGCGGAUCACUAUCUCCCCCGUGGAACGCCGCCGUCGCAUCGGUACAUCUCGCCUGGGAUGCAGCCAAUCUCAUCGUUACGAGAUCUGCCCGCAGCGGCGGUCUAUACCAAUGGGUUUGAUCCGUUGCGUGAUGUUGGGGUGGAGUAUGCGUCCAAGUUGGAUGAGGCGGGUAAUCAGGUGGUGUGGCAUCAUUUUGAUACGCUCCCGCAUGGGUUUUUGCAGAUGGCCCCGUGGAGCGAGAAAGCUAUGGAGGCGACGAAGCAGGUUGGUAAGAACUUGCGAGAGCUAGCCUAUGGAAAGUAA